AGAUUAAACCAGCACAAUCAGUGUAUUAGGAACGCUGUGUUCCAGUCGUUUGCCGGCCCAAAAUACCUUUCGCCGCAUAAGCUCUUGACAGCAUCGUUACUCUUUGUUGGCCAGGUCUUCCAAUGAUGGAGUCAUAUGAUAGGAACUAGCGACUAAGGGAGGAGGAGCGGACACCGCAGAAAUGGCAGGGCACCGGCGCUCCAUGGAGCUGGGAGAGCUGCGCCCGGUGCCCGAGGACGCCUCAAAUGCGCCGGGGCUGGGCUCACAGCCCUCCCAGCGCAUCACCAGCCGGCCAAGCACCCUCUCCCGCGUCGCGGAGACUCUGGGCCUUGCUGGCAUGCUUAGCGGAAACAGCGGCCGUCUCAGCGGCAGCGGUGGCACUCCCGCUAACGGUAGCACGAUUGGUCAAGGCGGCAACAACGGGGUCCUUGUGGCGCAAGGCAGCAGCGGCAACGGGUUGGGGCAGGGUGGCGGCAUGUCGGGCCGGGUGAGGCGCGAGCCUUCCCGGGCGGGGCCCGGAGGCGGCGGCAGCGGCCUGGGCCGCACCAGCCUGAUGGUGAAGCUGCAACAGAGCAGCAAGCAGCUGGUGGACCUGGGCAAGCUGCAGGCCAAGUGGGUCAGCGCCACGCUAGUCAAGAAAAGCGAGGCGCAGGACUACGUAAAUGAGGAGGACCAGGGCUUUGCGGCGCUGCUGGCGCGGCAUGUGGAUGUGCCCACAGCUGCAUGGCACCGGCUGCUGGCGGCUCUUGGCGCGGAACAGCAGGAUGGGCAGUUCUGGCAGACGGGGCUGGGCACAGCGCCGGACGUCCAGCGCGCAACUCGGACCUCAAUUGAUGAGCCCCCUGGGGGGUUUGGGCGGAGGCAGGAGGCUGACGGCGGCGACGGAGCCGAGGAGGGGCGGGCGAGAUCUCUGGAACGACAACCCCGGCGCUCCAUCUUCUUGCUGCCGGUCGUGUCGCCCUACAACCUGGCUGCGGUGCUGUGGCAGCUGACCAUCCUGCUGCUGGACCUGGUGUACACGGCGUUCUGGGUGCCCAUGAACGUGGCGUUUUGCACCGCCGAAUACGGCAACCUGCACAGCGGCUGCACCGUGAGCGAUCUGGUGGGGGGCUGCUUCUACUUUGUCAACGUGUUGGUCAGCUUUCAGAUCGGCGUGGUGGCCACGCAUGGUUACCGCAAGCGCACGGUGGAGGACGGCGGGCUGGUGGCGUGGCUGUACGCGCGCUACGGCCGCUUCUGGCUGGACUUCGUGGCGUCCGUGCCCUUCAUCUACCUGGUGGUGCUGCUGGCAGGCAGCUUCAAGCUCAACAAGAGCUGGGUCAACUGCCUGUCGCUGCUGCGGCUUUUGCGCAUGGUGCGCUUGGUCAGCAUCUCCAAGGUGGUAUACGUGGACAGCCUGAGUGGCCGCUUCCAGGACUCCUCCAUUGCGCGGCGGCUCAGCGUGACGGUGCUGUACAGCGCGCUGCUGGCCUACCAGCUGGCGGUGGCCAUCAACCUGCUGGCCUGCAUCAUGGUGCUGUGCGCCUACUUCGAGGGCUACGAGAACAGCUGGAUGUCCAGUGUGUCGUGGACGCGCCUGUGGGAGGCCGCGCCCAUCUACCAGUGGUACUGCGCCGUGUACUGGAUGAUUGUGACGACCACCACCACCGGCUUCGGCGACUUCCAGCCCCGCAGCGCGGCGGAGCAGGUGGUGGCCAACGUGGCCAUGGUGGGCGGCAUGGUCAUGUUCGGAGUGCUGGUGGCGUCCAUCGGUAACGCGCUCAGCAGGGCCACCGCGGAGGCACACCAGGCGUACGGCUCGCGGCGCAAAAUCAUGCACGUCAAGGAGUGGGCGGAGCACCGCGCCUUGCCGCCCAUCAUCUCCAAGCAGGUGCAGAACUUCUACGCGGACAAGUACGGGCGCAAGCAGGAGGACGCCAUCGACAUGGCCGUCAUGUCGGAGCUGCCCAGCCGCCUGCGCGCCAAGGUGGCCCGGGCCAUGGUGGUGCCGCUCAUGGCGGACUGCCACAUCCUUAUGGAGCUGCCCGAGGACCUGCAGUCGCUGUUGGCUGAGAACAUGCGGCCCAUCCGCCUGCCCGCCGGCGAGGACCUGUGCCAGCAGGGCGACGUGGCGGACUGCUUCUGGGUGCUGCAGGACGGCACCGUGCAGGCCGUCCGCUACAAGGAGGGCUCGGUGACCAUCGACGCCUCCGAGACGCCGCGGCUGCUGGGCGAGGGCGUGCUGCUGGGCGACGUGGUGGAGGAGUGCCGCGUGCGGCCCUGGACGCUGCGCACCGUGACGCCCUGCCGGCUGUGGGGGCUGCCGCUGCAGGACCUGCUGCCGCUCAUGCGCAUGUACCCAGCCAUCGGGCUGCUGGCGGCGGAGUACGUCAAGUUCAAGGUGGUGUACACCUACAACGGCGACAGCACCGACGACCACUGGUGUGAGCUUGCGGCGGUGAUCGUCAAGUACAUGCAGGAGCACGUGCCUGAUGACGAGGCAACCGAGAUGGUGGCCGAUUUGUUCAAGACCUCGGCGGAGGAGCAGACGCUGCAGCCCAUGCUGGAGCAGAUGCUGGAGAUGUGCGCCUCCCGGAACACCACCGGCGGCACCACCACCACGAUGCUGCUGCAGCAGGCCCGGUCCGGAGGAGGCGGAGGUGGAGGUGGUGGAGGCCAGGGCGGUGGAGGUGAUGGUGAUGGCGGGCCGCCAUCUGCACAGCCGCAGGUACCGUCGGCAAGCACAGCAUCUGCAUUUGGUUCCCCGGCGGCGGCCGCAGCGCUAGCGACGGCGCUUCAAGCGGUGGCGGCGGGGCAGGGCGCGGCAGCGGCGGGCCGGGCGGCCACCCAGGCGCAGGCGCAGGCGCUCCCGGCGAGGUCCUUGUCGCCGCCCGUGCGGCACACGACCGGGAACCUAGCAGGUGUGACCGGCAGCGGGACCGGCGGUGGCACUGACCUGUCACCCUUCGUCACCACGUCUGGUUGCGCCCCCGGUGGAUCAGCUGCUGCAGGCGCGGUGCAUUGCCCCGGCUGCCAGCGCUGCGUGUGCCCCAGCUGUGGGCAGGGUCUUGACACGCCCGGUAUCGUGGGCGUGGCGGCCGCGCCACAGGCGCUGGCGCCCGCCACUGCCGUUGGUCCUGCUGCCCCGCCUCAGCAGGCAGGCGUCACCAACCGACCCAACGCAGGGCCGGGGGUGCGGUCGUGGGCUGCGCGCACGGGGACGCUGCGGCGCGUGUCGAUUGGCCAACGCCCGGACGCGGUGUGGGCGAUUGACCGCAGUUCCAUGGACCGGCGGCAGCUUGGCGCCAUGAGCAUCAUGCCCAUGUUUGAGUAAUUUGCAGACAGCCAGUUCAUGCCAAUAACAUUGCGAUUAACGCACGUACAUGUUCCUGCAACAGUCAUGUGCCAAGCAGAGGCGUUGGGGGCUCUAGUUUAGCAGGCCGCUUUCUGUGUUGCAUGGUAACUCCGAGUGCGGUAGGUUCAUGCGAUGCGCUUUGCUGUGCCAGCGGGGGCUGUUUGCGUGAAGCCACAGGUGUCGCUUGACUGGAUGUGGGCUUGCAAGGCGGGGCUCCGGGUCUUGGGGUGCAUCUUGAAUGUGCGCAACGCAGCACUGGUCCAGGGAUUGUGAGCACUGUCUGAGGGAUGCGGGGUGUGUUGUAAUAUGUCCGGGUAGCGCCGCGUCGCGCCAGCAAUGAAUUGUGCAGACGAGGCCACGGAGAGCGCGUAGCGGUGUGCAUGUGAGGCGUGUGACGGAUGAAUGUAUGCAGGUGGGUUGUUCCCCCGCUGCCGUGUGCGUUGCGUGUAUAGACCGAAGCCCCAGGUGCCUUCAGAGCAGGGAUCGCGUCAUCCGGUCUGGGGCAUGCAUUGCGCGUAGGAGUGUGGUGACACCAAUGGGGCUGAUCUUGGCCGAUGCUGUGCGUGUCCGGUGCAGGAUUGUGCUUGGUGCAAAUACCAUGCGAGCCGUGUAGAGGUCCGGCGGAGGCCGAAGGGCUGUAGGCUCGCUGCCUAGACUUGGGCCCGCUGUUCGCAGUCGGUGGUGUAGGGGACCGGUGAUUCGGUGUUACGGUACACAACUGCUUCUGGCGAAACCCGACAAGCCGACAAAGCACAGGUAGCUUGUAACUCCCGUCCAUA